AUGCCCGACUCCCGGCUCCCCGGAGCUGGAGCCUGGAGACCCCGCACACAUGCCGCGCGUCCUCCGAUCCUCCGACUCCGAAACAACUUCAACUUCAAGUUCCCAGCCAUCCCGUCCGAGACUCUGAUCCACAACACUCCAUCACCACCGGGACAACCCCCGGGAUCAUCAACCAUCAUGGCCUCCUUCCACUCCCACUCCACCGACCCCACCGCGAAGCAGUUCUUCCACCACUCCACCGCCAAACGCGUCAACACCGACGCGGUCAUCGCCAAGUCCCUGAAAGCCCAAUACCCCAACCACCAGCUGACCAUCGCCUCCAACAUCGACCUCCUCGCCUACGCCGCCGCAGGCCACGCAACCGUGCGCUCACUCGACAUCGACUCAGACCAUGACCAUGACCAUGACCACCCCUCCUCCCUAGUCUGGAAAGCCUACAUCCCCCCCUCCCGCCGUCUCGACAACAGCCCGGGGACCCUCAUCUCCCAAGUCCAAUUCGGCAAGUUCCAGUACACAUGGCAAUCCCACUCCUUCCUCAUCUACAUAGUCGACGGGCGAGACGGGACCCAACCCUGGCCACAAAUCCGCAACAGCUACAUCCUCAGCCCUCACCACACCUCCGACUCCAACUCCCCCUCACAAGCCGCCGAGGCCCUGAUCAUAGCCGCAGGAGCCUGGUUCAACUCGCUGCACGACGAGAUCUGGCUGUGGGACAACGGCGGGUGGCGGAAGAGCCGGGAGCUGUACCAGAGCAUUACCAAAGCCUCAUGGGACGCGGUGAUUCUCGACGAGGGGAUGAAGAAGGCCAUUAUUGAUGACCAUUUGUCAUUCUUUGACUCAAGAGAGACGUAUGAUAGGUUGGGCGUGCCGUGGAAGCGGGGGAUCAUCUACCACGGCCCGCCGGGGAAUGGCAAGACCAUUUCCAUCAAGGCUAUGAUGCAUACCUUGUACGCGAGGAAGGAUCCCGUGCCGGCGCUUUAUGUCCGGAAUUUCAGUUCGUACGCCGGUCCCGAAUACGCCAUCAGCCAGAUCUUCCUCAAAGCACGGCAGGUUGCGCCAUGCUACCUCAUCUUCGAGGAUCUAGACUCCCUCGUGACCGAUUACGUGCGGAGCUACUUCCUCAACGAGAUCGACGGGCUCAAGAACAACGACGGCAUCUUUAUUGUCGGCAGUACCAACCAUCUGGACCGUCUGGACCCGGGCAUCGCGAAACGCCCCUCCCGGUUUGACAGGAAGUAUUACUUCCCAGACCCAAACCUAGAACAGCGAGUCGCCUACUGCCAUUUCUGGCAGCGCAAGCUGGCCGACAACAAGGACCUACCGUUCCCUGAUAAGCUAUGCAAGGCAAUUGCUGAGAUCACGGACGGCUUUAGUUUCGCUUACAUCCAGGAAGCAUUUGUUGCCGCCUUACUCGCCAUUGCCAGAGACGCAAAAGGAUUGAAUUCCAGGUCCCAUGACGAGCAGGAUUGGGUAGAAGUCUUGGAUGAGGAUGACGAUCUGGACGAGCUGAUCCUGUGGAGAGAGAUCAAGAAACAAGUGGCAAUCCUGCGGGAAGGGAUGGAGAAAAAGCCAGAGGCAGUCUCCUCUUGA